AUGCGGGGAAAAAGCAGCCCGCUUUGCCGCCAGCCCCCGCCCUUGACCGUGAGCUUCGCGUCGGCAGCCGCCGCGGCGCCCACCCUGGGCGCAGACCGGUCCAGCGGACUUUCUCCAGUCGGGGUGCGAGCCACUUUCUCCAGCCGCCGCGUUGUUCUCGUGGCACUACUGCUGCAGGUAGCACUGACGAGGGCGCGAGCCAUCGGCGGAUCAGCCAAUACGUCCUCUGUGGCUAUCCAGAGGAGAGGCGACUACGAUGGUGGAGGCUCUUUCGGGGGCAGCGGUUUUGGAGGAGGCGGAGGAGGCUACGGAGGUGGAGCCGUCGGCGAUGUUGGAGGAUACGGGGGCGGUGACGUAGGAGGAGGCCAAGCAGGCUACGGUGGCGGCGGAGGCUUCGGAGGUAGUGCAGCAGGAGCAGACCUCGGAGGCGGACAUGGAGACUUCGGCGGUGGAGGCGGCUACGGAGGCGGAGGAGCUGGCUAUGGAGGCGGCCUUGGCGACUUCGGCGGCGGUGGAGGUGGAGGAGGUGGCUAUGGAGGCGGUCACGGAGAUUUAGGUGGUGGUGGAGGAGGUGGUUAUGGAGGUGGCCAUGGAGACUUCGGUGGUGGAGGCGGUGGGUUCGGUGGAGGCGGUGGUGGCGGAGCAGGCUUUGGAGGAGACCAUGGAGGCUACGGCGGUGGCGGUGGAUUCGGAGGUGGUGACCUUGGAGGAGGUGGAGGAUAUGGCGGUGGAGAUGUAGGAGGUGGUGGCGAUCACCACGGACCAUCUGCUGGGGGCGCCAUCGGUGGAGGUGCGGCGAUAGGAGGAGGGUAUUCGGCAGGAGGUGCGGAACAUGUUCAUGAGAAGCCUACACCUCAUGGUUACUGGAAGAAGAAGCUUAUCUGGAAACCAGACUGGCAGAAAGUGUGGAAGACGGGUAAGAAACAGAUAUGGAAACCUGCAUGGAAGAAGUACUGGAAACCUGUGUGGAAGGAAAUUCAAGUACCUGCCUGGAAGGAGAUCAAGGUCCCAGACUGGAAGAAGGUAUGGAAACCAGUCUGGGUCCCCACACAGGUACCAGGAUGGAAAGAUAUUCAAGUUCCUGACUGGAAGAAAGUUUGGAAACCAGUGUGGAAGCCGAUACAAAUACCUGCCUGGAAACACAUAAAAGUAGAAGCUUGGAAGAAAGUAUGGAUCCCUAAGUUGAUUAAGGUGUAUGUUCCGGGAGAGAAAUCUCAUGGAACAGAUGAACAUGGCUGGGAAUAUACGUCCCAUGGACUUUGGAAGAAGAAGCUCAUAUGGAAGCCAAUCUGGGUGAAAUACUGGAAACCGGGGAAAAAGCAAGUCUGGCUUCCUUCCAAAAAGCUGGUCUGGAAAGAGGAAUGGAAGCAAAUUUGGAGAACAGAGAAGAAACAGAUCUGGGUGCCGUCAAAGAAGUUGGUCUGGAAGCCCGAAUGGAUAAAGAUAUGGAAACCAGACAAGAAGCAAAUCUGGGUCCCAUCGAAGAAGCUCGAAUGGAAGGAGGCGUGGAAGAAGAUCUGGGUCCCAGCGUGGAAGAAAAUCUGGGUGCCUGCGUGGAAGAAAGUAUGGAAGCCUGUAUGGAUCCAUGAGUGGAUUGUACUGCCAGAGCCUCAUCCGCCUCAUCAUGAGGACUGGGAUAGAAAGGACAAGGCAGUGACGGGCUCGCAACAGCAGCAGCCACAGCAAGUGAAACAGCAGGGUCCUCAGCUGACGCAGCGAAAACAGGAAAGCAGAUCCGGGGGCUUCCAAUUCCCUAGGGCGUGA